AUGCCAAUCCUCUCUGCCCGCACACCACCACCAAAGCCUCCACAAUGGCUACCACUCCCCUGUCUUUCUUUCUCCUUUCACUCCUCCUCUCCCUCUCCCUCAAUGCCCAAGCUCAAACCCCGACAGCACCCGCCCCGAUGCCCUCCGGUCCGGUUAACUUCACCGCAGUUCUUGUAAAGGGUGGACAGUUCACCACACUCAUUCGCCUGCUGAACAAGACUCAAACUUUCAACCAAAUUGAGAAUCAGCUUAACAGCUCUUCUGAGGGCAUGACUAUCUUUGCCCCAACCGAUAAUGCCUUCAACAAUCUUAAAGCUGGUGCUUUAAAUGGCCUCAACCAACAAGAACAAGUUCAGCUUCUUCAAUACCACACGUUGCCGAAAUUCUAUACCACGAGCAAUCUUUUGCUGGUUAGUAACCCUGUUCCCACUCAGGCCUCAGGCCAAGAUGGUGUCUGGGGUCUUAACUUCACUGGCCAAAGCAACCAAGUCAAUGUAUCAACAGGGCUUGUUGAGGUUCAAAUUAACAACGCUUUAAGGCAAGAUUUUCCUUUGGCACCAGCUCAUUCCAACGAAGUCCCACCCCACAUUUUAUCUCAUAAAAGCCAUGCCAAUCCUCUCUGCCCGCACACCACCACCAAAGCCUCCACAAUGGCUACCACUCCCCUGUCUUUCUUUCUCCUUUCACUCCUCCUCUCCCUCUCCCUCAAUGCCCAAGCUCAAACCCCGACAGCACCCGCCCCGAUGCCCUCCGGUCCGGUUAACUUCACCGCAGUUCUUGUAAAGGGUGGACAGUUCGCCACACUCAUUCGCCUUCUGAACAAGACUCAAACUUUCAACCAAAUUGAGAAUCAGCUUAACAGCUCUUCUGAGGGCAUGACUAUCUUUGCCCCAAUCAGCUGGUGGAAGGAAUGUAGCAUUGGGAUUGGUUGUUGGGCUCGGUUUGAUUUGCAUGGGAAUUCUUUCUUGAUCAAAUGUUAA